CAGCCCACGGCUCAGUCUUGCCGGAGUCUCCCCCUUCUCCUCACCGCCGUAUCUCAUUCUCUCCACUCUCUCCUCGCCGAUCCACUUCGAUCUAGGUCUCCUUGCCGGAUCUCCUUCUCUCAACCCGUCUCUCGCCGGCUCUCUCUCCUCACGGUUGUCCUCAUCCGCCGUCAUACUCGCCGGACUUCCACCGUCAUUAUCUCGAACCGGCUCUGUCCCUUUUGAAAGAUGUCAGGAAAUGAUUAUAGCCGCUAUCUAUCUACUGGUGGUAAGAAGACUUCUGGUAGUAAGAAGAGUUCUGGUAGUAAGAAGAGUUCAUCCCGUCAUACCAAUCCGGGUAGUUCUUCUAGUUCCCAGAUGGCAGAGAGUUUGGCUGUUCCUAAUAGCCAGACGCAAGCUUCCCCUCCAGCUCCCGCCCCAGCUCCCGCCCCAGCUCCCGCCCCAGCUCCUCCAGCUCUCGCCCCAGCUCCUCCAGCUCCUGCCCCAGCUCCUGCAGCUCCCGCCCCAGCUCCUGCAGCUCCCGCCCCAGCUCCCGCCCCAGCUGCAGCUGCUCCCGCCCCAGACCCGGCGGCAGAUUUAGCGGCAAUCAAUAUGAUUUUGGCUAGUCCUGGACAUGAUCGUCUUCCUCACCUCCAUCCAGAUCGCCCUCCAAAUACGCUCUGGUUUGAUGACGAUGUAGGCGUUGCUGCAUCGGUCCGUCAAAUCUUUGAAAGAGAUUUCAAAGAACCGCAUGCUAAUUGGAAGCAAACCCCCGGGGAUGUUGUGAGACGUUGGUUUGAAUCCUUUGCGCAAAUAUAUCAUUGGGAUUCCGGUAUAACAUCCCUCGUUCUUAACUCUUUCGAGGCUAAAUUGAAACUCCAGUUGACUCGCCAAGUUAGUCGGUGGAAGAGUAACUGGCGGAAAAAAGGCGAUGCAGCUAUGCCUUUGUGGUUUGACCCAAAUGUUUGGGCUGGUCUUGUUGCUUAUUGGUUAGAUCCAGAAUCUGAAGUCCGGAGUUGUAACAGUCGGGCAGCUCGUUACUCUGACCCUGAUGGACAUGGACCGUCUAAGCAUCGUUCAGGUCAGACUUCCUUCAGGGCCCGUGCACGAGUGAUUGCUGAGCAAACUGGAUGUUCUAUUCCAGACUUGCUUGGGGUUCUCGAGAUCACUAAACGAAACCCGGAUGGUUCUUUUGUUGAUGGCAAAGCUGAGCAGCUCUACAACGAGGUGACAUCUAAAUUUCAGGAAUUAUCUCAGGCUGCUAGUGAUGAUCCCGAGAGCACUGGUUCUAGUGGCCUCUCUCCAAUGGAAAAGAACAAGAUCUACUGUGAGUUCGCUCCCCGCAAAAAGGGACGACUGUAUGGAGUGGGUUCUCUAAAUACAUCUUUACGAUCUGUUGCUUCGUUUCCUUCUAGCAGUAGUAGAGACCAAUCUUUGGAGAAGAUCAUCUAUGACCAAGCUCAAAAGAUUGAGAGCCAGGGAAAUGAAAUUUCGAAGCUGUACAAAAUCGUUCGUCAUCUCGCUAGCAAAGACUCUACCGUCGCCGACAUUCUCCAGUCUGAAGACGUGUUUUCUGCUUCUGGUGAUGAUGAUGAAUCUGAUGCUAUUUAGUUUGUUUUCUAUCACUUUCUAAUGACUUGAAACUUUUUUGUAUGUGUAUGUGUUUGUGUAACGACUCUUGAAUUUCUUUCUAUUUUAGUAAUAUUUUCGCUAACUA